AAAUUAUUGUUCCAAUGUGGAAAUCAGAGUCGUGAGAUCUUCAGCUGGAUGUUGGAGGCUCAUCGAGCAGCAUCGGGUCUUUCUCACGGAGCACAUCACAGCAAAAGAGACAGCAAAACAAUGCACUAGGACAGAAUUCCGAUGAUGGCGAUGAUGAGCAGCCUCUCAGGACUCUUCUUCCUCCUCCUCAGCAGUACUGUGUCUGGACUGGGAUCAGUGGUGUGGAGAACGUACACGUACCACGCAAGUCAUCGCACAUGGGAGGACGCGCAAAGCUUCUGCAGAAGAUCAAAUUACCACACUGACCUGGCCUCCAUCUAUACGCAGUCAGAAAUAGACCCACUGAACUUGAAACAACAUUAUUCAUGGAUCGGCCUAAAAAGGUUAUACAACAACACCUGGAUUUGGUCUAAUGGAGAAACCGACUACUUCAAUAAUUGGGAGAAUAAUGAGCCACAUUACAAUGAAGACUGUGCUUUCGUCUCGUACAACACGAAAAAGUUUCAUGGCGGCAGAUGUGAGGGACAUCUUUUCUUCAUCUGUCAUAAUAACCGCUACGACAACAGCAUCUUAAACCUCCCCAACUACAACUACUACUUCGACUACACAUUCAUACCGCAGUCGAAGACAUGGUCUGAAGCUCAGCAGUACUGCAAGGACAAUUUUGACGAUCUGGCAACUUUCAGAAGCUACAACCUGGACUCUGCUGUCAACCUGCAGGACUUUCCAGUCUGGACUGGAUUGCACAGAGACGGGGAAGUGUGGAAAUGGAGUGCAGGGUUGUUGCAGUACAGAAAAUGGGCAUCAGAUGAGCCAAGGGACAACGGCGACUGCGUCUCCAUCUCCUCUGUGAGCAAAACGAUGGCCACCCAAAAGUGCUCCGACCGGUUUCCCUUCAUCUGCAUCAGGGACAACCUGAUCCUGGUGAAAGAGAACAAGACCUGGGAGGAGGCCCUGGAGCACUGCCGAUCCCUCAAGACAUCCCUCUACCCCCACUAUUCAUAUGAGCUGGUCAGCGUGCAGCCUGGAGAGGACCACAACUACAUGAUGAACAAGGUCAUGGAGGCAAACACUGAGAAGGUGUGGACAGGCCUCCGUUUCCUGGCCGGUCAUUGGUUGUGGGUGAACAGGGCAGAUAUGUCGUACCCUGAUCUGUCCCUCUGCCCCCUCGAGGAGCAGCACUGUGGAGCCUUAUCCAAGAAUAACACAGGCAGUGUGGAGACCACAGACUGUACGGAGAAAUUGAACUUCCUGUGUUACGGCAAAUAUUAGUGAUCACUGCUAUCGUCUCUGUGUGUGUUAAAAGGCUAUUCAACUUGUUACACAGCUUCUUCAGAUGGUAGAUAUGCAACUGUGUGUAAUAAUAAUAAUAAUAAUACAUUUUAUUUGUAAAGCACUUUUCAUAAAAGAAUCUCAAAGUGCUACAGAAACCAAGAAACAAAAUAACAAAAAAACACUAAGGGCACAUUAAAAUCAGCAACCAAUAAUAAUUCAAGUGAUAAAAUACAUUAAGAAAAAAAAAAAAAAAAAAGAAACUAAGGACAACUUAGGAAUGCCUGCCUGAACAAGAAAGUUUUAAGCCCUUUUUUAAAAGUGUUCACAGACUGGGGUUUUCGCAGAUGUUCAGGGAGGGAGUUCCAGAUGUGAGGGGCAGCGGAGCAGAAGGCUUGGUCUCCCAUGGUGCGGAGUCUUGAGCGGGGCUGAUGGAGGAGGUUUGUGCUUUGGGACCGGAGGUUACGGGUGGAUGAGUGAGGGGUAAGGAGGUCUUUGAGGUAUUGCAGGGCGUUGCUGUAGAUGCAAAGGUGGGUGAUGAGGGCGAUCUUGUAUUGGAUUCUUGAGGUUAUGGGGAGUCAGUGGAGGUUCUGAAGAAUGGGGGUGAUGUGGUUGUAUUUGCAGGUUUUCAUCAGAGUUCGGGCAGCACAGUUCUGAAUGAAUUGAAGUUUCUGAAGGUGUUUAUUGGGUAUACCGAUGAGCAGGCUGUUACAGUAAUCAAGCCUGGAGGAGAUUAAGGCGUGGACGAGUUUUUCUGCGUCAGAGAAAGUGAGGAAGGGGCAGAGUUUUGAAAUGUUCUUGAUAUGGAAAAAGCAGGUUUUGUAAAGAUGUUUGAUGUAGUUUGCAAAGGUCAGUUGUGGGUCCAGUUUCACACCGAGGUUGGGUAUGGUUGAGAGGGGGAUGUCUUGACCGGAAAAGGAGAAGGAGGUUAUGAGUGAUGACUGGACCUGAUGAGGGGUGCCAAUUUGUAUGGCUUCAGUUUUAGAGCUGUUCAGCUGGAGGAAGUUGUGACUCAUCCACGCCCUAAUCUCCUCCAGGCAGUUGGAGAGGGCUAGAGAUGAUGGUGAAGAGGGAGCAGAUGAUGAUGAGGGAGCAGGUGAUGAUGAAGGGACCGGGGUAGAAGAUAGGUUGGGGUUGGUUCGUAGGUAUAACUAUUAUAUAUAAUGGAAUAUCAAACUAAGGAAUAACUUGUUAUGUAAAUGUUUGAUGAAAGUUUAUGGUAAAAUGAGAAUAUAAAGAGUGGUUUUCUUUUCUCAAAUGUUAUCUCUAAACAUCUUCACACUCAACUCUAUAUUUGACUGACGUUUUGUCUGAGUGUAAUACAACUAUUUAUUACGUUUAAUAAAUGCAAACGGACAGCAGUGUUUAUACACUGCAGCUCAGAAAAGACAGCCAUAUUGUGCGUUCAUUGUCACAUGAACAAAAUUAAACUCUGGCUUUCCAGCAGCAACCACUGCUGUAUGCACCAGUCCAGACAAAAUAUGGGUGUGAUGGCACUCCUCACAGAUGCAGAUAAUAUUUCAACAAGACAAUGAUUAUCUACUCUCUCAGUCAAGGUUUAGUCACAACUCUGUAAUGUGAAAUGUAAACCAAGUUACUGACAUUGACUAUUGAUUAAAUAUUGAAUUUAUUUUGUGUUACACCGCACAUUAGUCCCUGCUAUCGUCUGUGUGUGUGUUAAAAUGCUAUUCAACUUGUUGCACAGCUUCUUCAGAUGGUAGAUAUGCAACUGUGUGUAAAACCUGUGAUUUAAUCUAAGACAUUAAUGGAAUAUCAAACUAAGGAAUAACUUUGCAAAUGUUUGAUCUAACUCUAUGGUAAAAUGAGAAUAUAAAGUGUGGUUUUCUUUUCUAAAAUGUUAUCUGCUAACUUGACAAAUCUUGUAACUCAACUCUGUAUUUAACAAGUGUGUCUCUCAUAGAUCUAGUCAUAUAUCAGCUCAGUAAAAGUUAUGCACUGCUUUGUAAGUGCUAAAGUCCUAUAUCUGACCUUAAUAAAAAAAAAUAGAUAAUUUAA